AUGGCAACUCUGUCGCCUCCCGACCAUUCGACAUAUCCACCCCCGAGCUCCUCUCCCUCGUCAAACACUCUACUCGAAGACCCCACAGAUGACCCCACCACUACUAAAUCAGGCAAUGAUACCAAGAAUCCUGCUUUGCUUAAUCACUCUCAAGGUGGAAUGAGCGAAGAGACGGCCCGUGCGGAGUCCAAAGUGAAAGAGCCGGAAGCAGGCGUACAUGUCAAGCUAUCCCAGAAACGAAAAUGGAUGUUGCUGUUUGUCUUCAGUGCGGCACAGUACCUCGACAUCGCGCUCUACUCGAGUGGCUUGAUUUUGACCGACAGCAUCCAGCAAGAUCUCGGUAUCCUAUACGAGUCCUCGUCUUGGGUUAUCACGGCAUACACUGUCACCUUCGCAUCCUUCCUCCUUCUAUGGGGUCGCGUCUCCGACCUCUAUUCGCCUAAAGCAGUCUUUGCAUAUGGGUUUCUCCUUCUGGGAUUAUUCAGCCUUGUGGUUUCAUUCAUGCCAAAUCAGUAUGCUUUCUUUGUCUUCAGAGCUUUGAUGGGGAUAUGUGGAGCCGCAACUAUACCCUCGGCCUAUCGCUUGAUUGUCGCGGUUUUCGAACCUCAAGAGCUCAACAUUGCCCUGACCAUGUUUAUUAUGAGCGGACCACUGGCUGUUUGCUCAGCUAUGAUCAUCGCCGCAGUUUUCGAGUUUGUAACAGUCUCGAACCAACUGGCCGGAUGGAGAUGGUUCUUUAGGAGUAUCGCAUUGGUCGUCGCGCCCUUCGGUAUCUUUGCUUUGAAAGCUAUUCCCUCAGAAGCUGGCCGGCUCGAUAACCAGAAGCUUGACCGUAAAGACAGACUUAAACGCUUGGAUGUUGUUGGCUGCGCUCUCAUGUUGUCCGGCAUUAUCUUGUUUGUUCUUGGUCUUACUCUGGGGUCUUCUUUCGGGUGGAGAAAGCCCGGAUUCCUGGUGCCCUUCCUUCUCUCCUGGCCGAUAUUCGUGUCCUUGUUCUUUUGGGAAGCCCGAUUGCCGGAGGGUUACGCCCUCAUUCCGCCACGUUUCUGGAAGUUGAGGAACACGGCCCUCAUCAUAUUCUGCUCGUUGGCGAUCUAUCCUCUCUGGGCGGUGACUCAGCUUGCAUUCAUUGAACGCUCUCUCAUUGUCUGGGACGAGCUCGCAAUCGUUGCUGCUGUUCGCAUGCUUCCUUCCUCGAUUGUGGCAGUCAUCGUUGCCUUGGUUCUGCCCCGCAUACUCAAGAAUGUGCGCAAUCUUCGGUGGCCGAUGGUAUUUGGUUUGGGUAUUUCUGGGCUCUUGGUCAUCCCCAUGAUCUACUCGGAAGGCGAGAUCUUCCACAAUGCGUACUGGAGGUGGCUAUUCCCUGCUUUCAUAGUAGGGAGCUGUGCCAAUACGGUAUUCUUCCUUUGCGCCAAUGUCGCUAUCGUGACCAGUGUCGAUAAAGAGAUGGGCGGCGUCGCGGGUGCGCUCUUUCAAGUAGCCCUGCAGCUUGGCACCGUCAUUGGGCUUUCCGUUCAAGCUGGUUUUCUCACCCUCCACCCCGGCAACGUCAGCAACUGGGACAAUGUCUCUGGUUCGUUCUGGUUCGUCGUCGGAUGGCAGUUGCUGGCUGCUCUUCUUACCGCGGUAUUCUAUCGGCAGCCGAAAAAAGAUGAGGAGGAUGAGGACAGUGGAGAGACUGCUGUCAUGGCCCAAUGA